AUGACAGAAAAAGUAUGGAUCAAGUGGGAAACAACUCCUGGUUCAUUAACUGGUCAUAUACGUACAACAAAACUAACAGAUCUGCAUGGUGAAAAGCUCGACGAAUUUAUCGAAACAGCGGACUUUAAAAGAAUUCAAAAAUCUAUUAAUGUGAUACAUAACCCGCAUGAACAAUUAGAUGCAAUUGGCUUUAUGCGUAACAUAAUAUCUGAAAAGAAAGUGGAAGUGUUAAUAACCAAUGAUUUAAUACCACCAUUAAUUAAUUGCCUGAGAUCUUAUAACAACCCUCAAGUGCAAUACGAAGCAAUUGUCGCAACUCGAAAUAUCUCCGAGGGUACCUACAAUCAUAAAAAUCAUCUCAUAACUGCGGGUGCUGUACCACGUUUAAUACAAUUGCUAUCUUCAACGGAAGGUAACAUAUUGGAAGAAUCGUUUUCGGCGUUGAACAACAUUGCUUCAGGAAGUUCUAAUCUACGUAACAUAGUUGUUGGAUCGGGAUUAUUAAAAUACUUGACUGUCUUCAUGAAAAAGACAAUAGCAAAACCAUAUUUGAAAAAGAUAAGCAACUUGUAUUUGACAAUAUGCAGCUAUAAGAGCGCUCCACUUUCAAAAGCAAAUGCUAAUCAAAUACUCCCUACACUUUUUUACCUUAUUGACUCUGUUGAGGAGUGUAUUGUACACGACGUCAUUGAGACUCUAUUUUAUUUGCAAAGUGAUCAUCAACAAAUGAUGAUUGAUAAUGGAUUCGUCCAAAAAUUAUUAGCUUUGUUUGCAUCUCCUUCAACUUUUAUACGACGUAUGGCCAUCGCGAUUGUUCAGCAAAUUGAAAUCAGUGCAAAAUCACAAAAGCGCGCUCUUCUUAAUGCUGAGAUACUAUCAAAUUUUUCAGAUCUACUGCUUAGCAAGAAUAUGAAAACAAAACGUAACACCUUAUGUUUUAUGUCGAAGAUUAUCGUCAGUAAUCCUGCACAAAUAAAGGCACUCAUAGAUGCAAAUCUGAUUCCAACUAUAGUGGAAAAUCUCAAAGAAGCUGACAUACGUUUACAAAACUUAGUAUCGUUGAUUAUUUUGAAUAUAACUGAGUCUGGGACUCGUACGCACAUUCUAGCCAUUUUUAACGAAUAUUCGCAAUAUUUAAGAGAUAUGAAAAUUCGUUCUCUUGAAUUACAGUUGCUGAAGAGAACACUACAAAUUAUGCUAAACAUUAUGAAUAGAUCGAGAGAACGUAGACCGGAAGUGAUCCACAUGAUUGAAGACCCGAAUAUGCGAAAUAGUUUAGAACUGUUUAGAAAUCAUCAAAACGUUGAAAUUAGAAAAUUGGCUGUCUCGAUUCUGCAGUUUAUACCCAAAAAUUUACAGAAGAAGAAGCUACAGUAA